UAGAACGUGACAUGAUUAUACUUUAAUUAGUUAAUUAUUUAAUAAAAACGGAUUGAUUAUAGCGCCAGAGCUGCGGUGUUAAAACGGCAGAAGGAAGGAAGACGUUUGGAGUUAUUUCACACCAUUAAUCAUGAAGUGUACAGAUAUGGAGUGUGACAUCCCGAUGUCUGAUCCUGAGUUAAGAACCCAGUCCGACUCUGGUGUGAGCGGUGUGUCGGAGUGUGUGUUGUUAUGUCACUGCUGUUACGACGUGUUGGUGAACCCGACCACGCUGACGUGUGGCCACAGCUUCUGUCGUCACUGCCUCGCCCAGUGGUGGGAGUCGUCACGCCGCACCGAGUGUCCCGAGUGCAGGGAGCCGUGGCAGGGGUUUCCCAAAGUCAACAUCCUGCUCAGGGAUGCUGUAGAGGAGCUUCACGGGGCCGACGUGAGGAGAAGGCUUAAGGAGAUCCAGGAUGAUGCCCGGAUCUCUCUCUUGCUGUUGUCGUUCCAGCGUUUUGGAGAUAAACAGGCCAAUCACAGAUCUUCAGCAGGAAGAGCAGAGCGCUUCUAUUUUGGAGUGUUCCUCACACUCUGCUGUGUCAUGGUGAUGUUUCUGAUGUUGCUGCUGUAUCGCUGGUCCAGUGGAGGAAUUCGCCAUGAAGACUUGGUUAGUAAGCCAAUCAGCAGGUGGACGGUUGAUGAUGUCACACUGUGGAUGGAGCAGCUGGGGGCAUGGACCAGCCAGUACAGAGAAACAUUUUUAAGAGAGCAGGUCAACGGCAGGUUGUUGAACCUGCUGGGUGAUGAUGAAUUGUUUGGUGAUCCAUUUCACAUGGAGAACCCCUCACACAGACGGGCCAUCCUGCAGGAGAUCCACAGAGUCCAGACCCUUGGGGUUAAACCCCCACGUAACCUCUGGGAGUACAAGGUGGUGAAUGAAGGGAAGUCUCUGUUCCUGGUCUAUGGGCUGAAGGACUCUCCUCGCCUCACCCUCCUCCUCCUCUACCUGUUUGACUAUGAUGCCUCCUUCCUCCCACUCAUACACACCUGUUGCACGUCCCCCAGUGAGCAGAACGAGCUGACGGAGUGGGUGUGGCCUAGCCAGUGGCAGUGGGCGUGGUUUGUUGUGAAGUGGUUGAUUGUGCCGUAUCAGCUGAUAGCGGCGUUUGCGUGUGAUCAGCUGAGCGUGCACUACUGGACAUCUCGAAUAGUCAUUCUGAAUGCCGUACUGCUGUCCUUACGGGAGGGACACGCGGUGUGGCAUGGGUGGACACCAGGAGUGCUCAGGAUGCUCCCACAGCGUGCGGUCUCUCAUGUCUGGGAGAUGGGGAUCCACAGCAUGUUCUUCAUGUUCCUCUGGCCUCUGCUUCCUCAGUGUGUAUGGAGCGGCCUGUUCUACUGGGGGCUGUACUGCAGCCCUGCCUAUAACACACACACCAUCCUAAAGCAGCUCCUGCGCCACACAUACGCUCACCGAGCGUGACACACGCACACACACACACACACCAUCCUACAGCAGCUCCUGCACCACACACACACAUGUGUAUAUACACACACACUCUCUCCCUCCCUCUCUCUCUCUCUCACGCACACACACACACACUCAAGAGAUUGCAUCAAAGAUUGGCCUAUUUACUGAACAACCAAUGAGAUGAUAUCACAGUCUCCACUGACCAAUCACAACCCAGCUGUAGAUGGAGGCGGAGUCUAUGAGGACUUUGUUCUGUGUAAACAUCUGGAAAUCAAACAGGAACUCGAAGAUUCAGAAUUAAUAAAAAUUAUGUGAUUUGUGAUUUUUCUGUCUGUCUGUCUAUCGAUCUGUGUGUGUGUGUGUGUCUGCCUGUCUGUCUCUCUGUGUAUCUACCUGUCUGCCUCUCUAUCUGUCUGUCUGUCUGACAUCAUCCUGAGUGUGUAAUAUAAUGAGAAGGUGAUUAUAUUUCUGCUGUAGACGGAUUGUUAAUUUAACUUUGAACAUGAAGGACUAAUGUUGUGUGUGUGUUUAUUUCCAGUGUAAUUAUUUCCAAAACUCUUUUUGUUUUUAUUAAUCUUAUUCUGAUUUUAUUUUUGAUAUUAUUUUUUAAAUUGUCGUUAGAGCAGAGUUUAUAAAUAAAUUCUACACAAUAAAAAUAAAUUAAAGUGA